AUGUUUUCGUCAUUUUUUGGAAAACGGCGGUCAUCGCCCGUGGAAGAUGAAACUCCACAAAUUCCUGGACCGAAGUCAGAUGACGGUUUCGUUAUUGUAGAUCAGACUUCUCCUAGAGGUAGCUUAUAUCCAAGUAUCAGUGGUUCAGUGUAUCCCCAGCGGCCGGCUCCACCGCCUCCAGUGGUUCCGAAACCGGAGCAAUGCUUCCAUUACCUACAAGGAGUCCCGUUCACACUGUCCCGGGAGUUACGGAUGACAACAAAUAAGGAUGCAAUCGCUACUGAAAUUGGAGAUAUUCUGGCAUUCCUCUCCAACAAGUUAAACGUGAAUGACUAUAACUAUGAUUUUUCAGUAGAAAAAAGUGUUUUGAAAGAAUAUUAA